AUGACACCUGUCAAUCACACUGAUGUGCGUGAGUUUGUUCUCUUGGGCCUGACUGCCUGCCUGGAUCUUCAGGUUCCCCUUCUCUUGUCUUUCCUGGCCAUGUACAUGGUGACCCUCUUGGGGAACUUUGGGAUAAUUAUAUUAAUCAGGACUGAUCUUCACCUUCACACCCCCAUGUACUACUUCCUUGGCCACUUGGCUUUUGUCGAUGUCUGCUAUUCCUCCGUCAUCCUCCCCAAAAUGCUGGUGCAGAUCUUGACGGAGGAGAAAACCAUCAGCUUCUCGGGGUGCGCAGCCCAGCUCUGCUGCUUUGUUAUUUUUGGGGUCACCGAGUGCCUCUUGCUGGCCGUGAUGGCCUAUGACAGGUAUGUGGCCAUCUGCAAGCCCCUCCUGUACCCUGCCAUCAUGUGCGAAAGGAUGUGCCGGUGGCUUGUUGCCGGUUCCUACUGCGUUGGCGUCUUGCACGCGGUGAUGCACACCACUUUCAUCUUCACUUUCUCCUUCUGCCGCUCCAAUGUUAUCAACCACUACUUCUGCGACAUUGCCCCGCUCUUAGCUCUCUCCUGCUCCGACACCCACACCUACGAGGUGGUCGUCCUUGCUCUCAUCAGCCUAAACUGUCUCAGCACCAUGACCAUCAUCUUUGUCUCCUACACUUAUAUCCUCCCCACCAUCCUGAGGAUCGGCUCUCCGGCGAGCAGGACAAAAGCCUUCUCCACCUGCGCCUCCCACCUGACGGUCGUCACCAUGUUCUAUGGGGCAAUCUUGUUCAUGUACCUGCGCCCCAGUUCCACCUAUGCGUUGGAUGAGAACAAGAUGGCCACGCUGUUUUACACCGUCAUGACCCCCACGCUGAAUCCCUUGGUCUACAGCCUGAGGAACAGUGAGGUGAAGGCUGCCCUGAGAAGAGCGGUUGGGAAAAGGCAGUGA